AUGAAUUCAUCGAAAUAUAUUGAAAUACUUGAUGCGAAUUUAAUGUUGGUAUUCAACUUAUUGCCAGCUUCAUGUUGUCGACGAAUAAUUUUCCAACAUGAUAACGCCAAACCACAUGUGUCGGCAAAAACAAAAGCAUAUUUGAAGAAAAAUCGAAUAAAUGUAUUACUGUGGUCAGCAAAUUCACCGGAUAUUAACAUGAUAGAGAAUGUUUGGUCGAUUAUUGACGAUAAAUUAUUAAAAUAUUCCAUAUCCAGUACUGAACAAUUAAAAAAUGCUAUGAUCAAAAUAUGGAAUGAAAUUUCUAUUGAAACGAUUAAAAAACUUUAUUCAUCUGUACCAGAUAGAUUAGAACAAGUUAUUCAACGUAAAGGUUUUUCUUGUAGCUCAUAA